AUGCAUAAAUUGGCAGUCAAGGUACCAAACAGAUUAUUGCGGGACGACGAUUUCAAAAAGGAGUUUAACGCUUGUGUUUGGUCGGACCUAUUAGAGCCGGAGGAAUUCGAGGAGGAGUGGAAUAGAUUGGUUGAACAUCAUCAGCUGGAGGACAUCGACUGGUUCAACACACUGUAUGCAUAUAGGAGGUACUGGAUACCGGCGUACUUUAGGGAUUUUCCUAUGGGUUCGAUGAUUAGGACUACGUCCAUAUCUGAAUCAGAGAACAGUUUCUACAAAAAUUAUCUGAAGCCCCGAGCAAACAUAGCCGAAUUCUACCUGAGUUUCAACCACGCCAUAGAAUUCCAGCGGAAUAGUAGAACAGCUUUGGACUACCACGAUGCCACGUCCAUACCCAUACUCGCAACUACUCUGCCGUUCGAGAAACAUGCUUCUACAUUGUUUACCGACAGUAUGUUCAGGAAAAUACAAGAAGAAAUAGUCGAAGGUAAUGACAGAUGUCGUGUGCUGAGUUUUAUGUCAGGAGAAACUGCUGACACAUACAAGCUUGGCGAUAGCAAGCGCAAUGCAUAUUUUGUUCGCCAUGGUUAUUUGUGCAGUCAUAUUUUCUUCCUAUUUCGGAACAAUGAGGUGAAAAAAAUCUCGGAGAAAUAUUGUGAAAGCAGAUGGAUGAAGACGCCCUUAGCCAAGGCUGUACACGGGGAGUUUCAGGAACGCUUGCUUACUCACUCAUCCGCUGACGAUAGGCAAACUGUGUCAAAGAAGGCGAUUUCGAUGUUUUAUGGGUUUCUUAGACAGUUUGAGACCGACAUCGGCGCAUUACGUGCAUUUGUAGCUGGCGUCGAAGAACUUGGCAACUCACUUCAAACUGGUAAUCCGGUAACCUCAGUCGCUGAGAAGAGGCGUAUGGUUAAAGAGUUUUACGGAAUGGCAAGGCCUGAAACUGUUGCAGUGCAUCCUCCCGAUGUUGUGAAGACGAAGGGUCACGCCAGCAGCUCGGCGAGCCGUCUGAUUUCAAAGAGAGACAAGGCUAUAAAGGAUGCGACUAGGCCUCUUAGAUGGUGUAAGGGUUGCGAUGAGAUGGGUCAUCACGACUCUAGGAAUUGUCCUGUGCUUAAAGAGAUGAGGAUGGAGAAGGAUGCUCGCAAGGGGAAAAAUCCAGCUUGA